GCGAAAAGCAGAAUUAUUUCUCUUUUUUUCUGUCCAAACGCGCCCAUGCUCCUCGCGACCUCCCUCGGAGAACUCCUGCCGUAUGACGUCACACUCUCACUCGCCACACUUCUCGGCUGGGCGCGCGCGAGCCGGGCUCGUGCCGACAGUCGCGCGGCGCCGGGCUCCGAGGGAAGGCGCGAGCUGCGCUACUGCGGUAAGAGCUCGUGCACCGUCUCGUUUUACCGACACUUUCUUGUUUGUAAACGCGCGCCGAACAGUCUUCUGUAAAACAGACUUUUUAGGGAUUUUCUCAAGUUCGAAGAUAUUGUUAUUGAGUUUCAUGACACUUGGCGACGAGGGGGGGGGGACCGCGUGAAGAGCGAACCCGUUACCCGGCUGCAGGCUGCUGCUGGAGUGUGUUUAUAAUUCCUUCUUAGUAGGAGCUCCACGCCUCGGGUGUGACAUGACGGAAACGGUUGUUAGCGUUUAUUAAUUAUCACGAAUAAGUAUUUGCACGUUCGGGGGCUGCGCGCGCGCGCUCGAGUCGUGUAUUUCACGUUGCGCGCGCGAGGGGAAAGAGGCGGGAAAGAAAAAGCAACACUUCGGGGCCAUUUCCCUGAAGAGACGCCUCGUGCCGCCUUGUGCUCUGCGCGCGCUCUCUCCCGCUCUCUCCCGCUCUCUCCUUCCUUCCUUCCCUCCCUCGCUCAUUCGCGCACGCAUGGAGAACGCGUCCUGUCCGGGGGGUCCGGACCGCCAGCACCAACAGCAGCAGCUCCCCUGCGGGCCCCCCGCCGCCAACCGCUCCGAGGGCAACCGCAGCGCCCCCGCGGAGCCGCGCUUGACCCCGGACUUCUACGUGCUGCUGCCCGUCGUGUACUCGCUCAUCUGCGCCGUGGGCCUCACGGGCAACACGGCCGUCAUCUACGUGAUCCUGAAGGCGCCCAAGAUGAGGACCGUGACGAACACGUUCAUCCUGAACCUGGCCAUCGCCGACGACCUCUUCACGCUGGUGCUGCCGCUGAGCAUCGCCGAGCACCUGCUGCGCUGCUGGCCCUUCGGCGAGCUCCUCUGCAAGGUGAUCCUCUCCAUCGACCACUACAACAUCUUCUCCAGCAUCUACUUCCUCACGGUGAUGAGCGUCGACCGCUACCUCGUGGUGCUCGCCACGGUGCGCUCGCGGAGGACGCCCCGGCGCACGUACCGGGCGGCCAAGGCGGUGAGCGCCUGCGUGUGGGCCCUGGUCAGCGUCAUCGUGCUGCCCUUCGCCGUCUUCGCCGGCGUCUACGUCCACCCCGAGGACGGCGGCCGCAAGAGCUGCGUGCUCACGUUCCCGGCGCCCGAGGCGUUCUGGUUCAAGGCGAGCCGCAUCUACACGCUGCUGCUGGGCUUCGCCAUCCCCGUCUCCACCAUCUGCGUGCUCUACGCCCUCAUGCUCUACAGGCUGCGCCGCGUGCGUCUCGGCUCCAACGGCAAGGCAUUGGACAAGGCCAAGAGGAAGGUGACCGUGAUGGUGUUCGUCGUGCUCGCCGUGUGCCUCUUCUGCUGGACGCCGUUCCACCUGAGCACCGUCGUGGUCCUCACGACCAACCUGAGCUCCACGCCGCUCGUCAUCGCCGUCUCCUACGUCAUCGCCGUGCUGAGCUACGCCAACUCGUGCCUCAACCCGUUCCUCUACGCCUUCCUGGACGACAGCUUCCGCAAGGCCUUCAGGAAGAUGCUCGAGUGUCGGCCGGGCUGAGUGGGGGGGGCGCCCGCCCGCCCGCCCGCCCCCCAUAUCUUAAUCACCCCUUGCGUGUGGCUGUUUCCGUGUGCGUGUGUGUGGCCCGCUGUAGACCUCACUUGUGUCGACAGCUCCCCUCCCCCCCAGCAGAGAGCCCCCUGCAGGUGUUACACGCAGGACACUCCGCUGGCGUGUGCGUUCUGGAGCCAAACACAGGACAAAGCUCAUCCUCUCACAUGCAUCGCUGUUGUCAUGACGACAGGACGCGUUUCCAGCUGCGAAACAUUAAAAGAACAAUGAGCUCCUGUACACACUGUGUGUAUGAAGUGUUACAGAUUAUGUAGAUGUAUAGCAGCGUGUCCUGUAGCCUGUUCAGUUUUAACCAUUAACUCUGGACAGUAGUGGCUCUGAAAGGAAACAAAGUUAUUGCAUGAGCACAACAUCGAUGUAAAAAUGUGUUAAUGGAGACGCAUGCGGCCCCUGUGUCUCCUCUGUGUCGUGUCUCGUAUGUAUAGUUCACGGUAGAGUAGUAUGAGUAGUAUCAUCUUCCCGAAGUCUGUAUCGUGUGU